AGCUCCCACUGCCAACUCUCAAACCCUCUCUAAUUCUUCAUCAAUUCAUAUUUGUAUUCUUCUUUUCUUUCAAAAAUUAAUUAUUUGUAAAGAGGGAGUAGUUUUGAUGGAGAGCACAGAUUCAUCAUCGGGUUCACAGCACCCGCAGCUCCCACCGGGGUUCCGCUUCCACCCGACAGACGAAGAACUGGUGGUCCAUUACCUCAAGAAAAAGGCCGCCUCCAUCCCGCUUCCAGUCACCAUCAUCGCGGAAGUAGACUUGUACAAGUUUGAUCCAUGGGAACUACCAAGUAAGGCAACGUUUGGGGAGCAAGAGUGGUAUUUUUUCACUCCAAGGGACCGGAAGUACCCGAAUGGGGCACGGCCAAACAGGGCAGCAACUUCAGGAUAUUGGAAGGCAACUGGGACCGAUAAGCCUAUUCUAACAUCAAUCGGAAACCACAACGUCGGUGUGAAAAAAGCUCUUGUUUUCUAUGGAGGGAAGCCCCCAAAAGGGAUUAAAACCAAUUGGAUUAUGCAUGAGUAUCGCCUUAUCAACAACACCACAACCGCCAAAAUGAGUUUUAGUACCACUAAGCCUUCUGAUGCAGCUAACAAGAAAGCCUCCCUAAGGCUUGAUGAUUGGGUUUUGUGCCGGGUUUAUAAGAAAAACAAUGCACAAAGGCCUACGAUGUCUAUGGAGGGUGAUCAUUUUCUUCACAAGGCUGAGGACUCUAAUAGUUCUAUGGAAGAGGGUAUGUUUCUACACCCAUCAAUAUGGCCAACUCAAAAACCAUCGCCGUUCCCGCCACCACCAUCAUCAAAGCUGCCAACUACAAAUUACACGGCGUUGCUUGAAAGCGAUUAUCACGAGAGCUUUUUCGAGGGCAUACUAUCGUCAAGCGAUCAUCAGCAAGGCUUUCAUUCUCAUCAUCAUGACCAUGAUCAUGAUCAGUUUGGCGCCAUAUCAACUUCAGGCUCAAAAACCAGCAUACCCUUGAAACGUCAACUUUCAUCGCCAUUUUGGAACGACGUGGGAUCGAUAGGGUCUGCUGCUGCUACUACUACUUCAUCGAGCAAAAGGUUUCAUGCUGAUCUCAACAGUGAAAACAACUCAUUUGUUUCUAUACUGAAUCAGAUGCCAGAGGGUACCGCGCCGUUGUACCCUAAUCCUGCACUUCUUGGACCACUAGGAGAUGGGGUUUUGCGCCCACAGUUUCAACUCCCAAGCAUGAACUGGAAUUCAUAGUUUGGUUUUGGAUGAUGGGUAUAAGAUUCAGAAUCAGAAUUGUUGGAUUUUAACUAGCAACGAUAUACGGGUAACGUUUCAUAAAUUUUUAUCUUUUUUUUUUUUUUUUGAAAAACAUGUAAUUUAAUUUUUAGUUUAGUGUCACUCUCAACUUAUAUACUUGUUACGUAGGCAGUGUAAAAUAUGUUAUACGUA